AUGUCCAACUCAAAAAGUUUGCGCUCGGGCGCCGUCGUGAGUGGACACUGUGUCGCUUGUAAGCAGCUCCUCGUUUACGAAAAUAUCGCUGUACGAACACAAAAUAUUUGCCCUACCAAACUUGAUACUUCACGCAUUCUGCACCGACUACAGACAACCAAGAUGCCAAAGCCUAAGACGUUCGGGAAAAGCUCGCGGAAGAAAGUUUACGCCUGUAGACGUAACUUAGAAAAAAGAUUUCGGCAAAACGAUGACGGUAGUCGUGAUGAUACAUCCGAAGUGCAUCCGGAAAGAACCGACCAACAAAGUUGUAGUACUUCUGAUAAAAACAGUAUGGAAAUAUCUUACGAAACGAACUAUGAGGAAACAGAACCGUUCCAGGUUUCAGGAAGAAGAGUUGUAGAAAUAGGUUAUUUUAUGAAACAGCUUCAAGAAAUCAGUAACCAUAAUUCCAUGUUUAGUUGUAAUUUAGGUACUGUUGAAAUGUUAAAUGAAAAAAGGACUGGACUUAACUCAACUUUUCAUAUGAAAUGCCGAAUGUGCAGCAAAGAGUUUGUAUUAAAAUCUUCCGAGUAUUCGGCAAAUAAAAUGGAUGUGAAUGAGGAAAUUGUGGCCGGUAUUAUGAGUAUUGGUGCCGGAGUUACACAGCUAAAUACGGUUCUUUGUCAUAUAAAUAUACCACCUAUGUCAGUACGAUUGUAUCAAGGCAAACAUGAUAUAAUUUGUGGAUGGUGGCACAAAACUGCACAGCACUGUAUGGCAGAAGCUGGUAAGGAAGAGAAGAAUCAUGCUCUAUCUAUCGGAAGCGUAAAUGAAAGUGGAAUACCAAUGAUACCUGUAUCGGGUGAUGCAUGUUGGUCCAAACGUUCGUAUGGAACGAAUUACAGUGCGUCUUCUGGAGUUGGUGCUAUUGUAGGAUUAUUUUCUAAGAAAGUUCUUUACUAUGGAGUAAAAAACAAGACGUGUAUCAUCUGUUCCCGAGCACAUUUAAAAGGAGUACAACCACCGAAACAUAGGUGUUUUAAAAAUUUUCAAGGGCCUUCUACUGCAAUGGAAGCAUUAAUCAUAACAGAGGGUUUCAAAGAAUCUAUAGAAAGACAUGGACUCAUUUAUAAUCAGUAUGUAGCAGAUGGUGAUUCAAGCACAUAUGCUAGUAUCCGAAAUUCUAGGCCAUAUGAAAGUGUCACUGUGGCUAAAGUUGAGUGCAAAAAUCAUUUACUCAGAAACUAUUGCAAAGGGCUUUUAUCAAUAGCGAGCAACACUACUUAUCCCAUACGAGCCCGAAAGAUAUUAAAAGACAAUUAUUUGCGGAUACGAUGGGGAGUAGAUAGUAGCGUCAAAUAUUGGGUCAAGCAAAGUAUUCCGUUUUCCGAGAAAAUGAAAAAUAUAAAAGAUGACAUAAAUAAUGGUCCUUAUCACAUUUUUGGAGAUCAUUCAAAAUGUGCAUCAUAUUUCUGUAACGAUGAAAUAAAAAAACGUACCGAAAAUAUGGUGCCAGAACUGAAAGCAAAUGGAGUGUUCCAAAAAAUUGAAGAUUUGGCUCAUCGUUUGUCGUUCCAUGCUUAUAGCUUCGUACACAACGAAACGAACAAUUUGGUGGAGAGCUCUAAUGCCAGAGUAGCGAAAUUUGUUGGCGGAAAAAGGGUAAAUUUUUCGCAACGGCGAUCAUAUGCUGGCCGCUGUGCCGCCGCUGUUAUAUUAUAAAUUCGGGGGCCUUACAGUCAACUGUUCAUAAAUAUAUUUUUGGCACUGAAGCAAACCAUGAGAUAGUCCGAUUAGAAACCAUUCGUCAAAAAUUAAACGUGAAAAUAAUGGAAAAAAGGAUCAAAAAGCGAAAGGUUAUCAAGCCUACGACUAACAAGGACGUUCAUUAUGGCGAAGAGUGCCAAAAAGUUGACAUGGAUGAUAAACAAUAUGCAACAGCUAAAAGAGAAUUUUUGUUAAGAUUAGAAAUAACUCCUGAAGAAAAAGACAAGAUCGAACAAGACACAAUUUUACAAAGUGCUAGUCCUGUAUGGUUGGAAACCAGAAGGAAAUUACUCACAGCUUCACUGUUUUCUACAGUAUGUAAACGGCGCCCAAGCUCCAAUUGUGCACCAUUAGUGAAACAAAUUUUAUAUGGAAAAGAUUUGGGUAAUGUACCAUCCAUCAAACAUGGUAAAGACAAUGAGUACACCGCACUACGCGAUCUUGAACAAGUGUUACAAACGAACAUUUUGCAAUGUGGGUUGUCGAUUGAUAAAGAAAUUUCUUUUCUCGGUGCAAGUCCUGAUGGAAAGUGUGAACACGGUAUAGUCGAAAUCAAAUGCCCGUCAUCAGCAUAUGGAAUGGACCCAGAAGAAGCGAUACGACAAAAAAAGUAGACUUUUGGAAAUACUCUUCGAAUUCGAACCAAUUAGUUGUGAACACGAAUCAUAAGUGGUAUUUCCAAAUUCAAGGUCAGCUACGAAUUACAGGGGAAAAGACUUGUGUCUUUGCUAUUUGGACGGGCCCUGGAAAAAUUAAAUAUGAAUUUAUAGCCAAGGACGAUCAAUUCUGGAAGGAGAAUAUGGAAACACACUUAAUUCGAUUCUAUAAGAACUGUCUCCUUCCCGAAUUGAUCGAUCCAAGAUUCAAAAGAAACAUGGAACUACGGGAACAUUCAUCCCAUUGUCAUAAUAAUAUAUUGAAAAAUAAAAAUUUAUAAAAAAAAGUUUCUUGUUUUUCUCUACCCUAUUCCACACUACCCUACUCCUCAAACAAAGCCUAAACACUUGGUUUGGAUUGGUGAGCCCGUUCUUGAGUUAUAAAUUUACAACGAAAAGUGGCAUUGAUUUUUAUAUACAUAGAAGAUUAAUGUUUCAGUAUACUGGCACUUUAAAAGUAUUUGUGUACCAAAUAAACGUAUUUUGUAGUUUUGGGAACCCACUUUCAUUUGAUACUAAAACAAAAUUAUACAUAUAUAGGGUGAUGGGUAAUUAAUGUCAGCUGCUCAGUACAUUAGGCAAAUAUAAAUAUACUGAACAGCUGAUUUUUUUUUCGCGAUUUCAAGUUUGUUCCCAUAGAAAAAGUUGUUUGUUAUCAUGAGCACAAUCACGUGUUUAAGUAUUGUACACUAAUUACCCAUCACCCUAUAUAAUAGGUAGGUACCUAAGAAAUUUUACAAGAAAAAAAAAACUACUUGAAAAGUUAUUUUUCACUGUGUAGUUGUUUUUUUAGGGGUUGUCAUUAGAUAAUUUUUCCGCCAUAAAAAACGGGUCACUCCAAGUAAGAGGCAAACUCUCAACAUAACUAACAAAACGAGCCCAAACUCGGCACACCUAGCUCCACUCGUCUAUUAGUUCCAGUAGCAGUCUUCGAAGUACACCUGCAGGUCACUC